AUGCCGCACCAACAGCACCACCACAACCACGCCACCCAGGCACAGCUGCCGCCCGCCUCUCCCCUCUUCAACUCGGCCAUCUUCUCCCCCUCGUCCUCCACCUCCUCCUCCGGCCUCCCCUUGCGCCCGGCCACCCGCGACGGCAGCUUCAGCGUCGACCCCCUACAUCUGCCGCCGCAGUCGCCCCCGCCUCCAGUGCCCUCGGCGGCAGCAGCUGGAGCCGUGCCCAUCCUCGCGCGCGAACCGCGCAAGCCCUCGUUCGGUUCGCGCAAGGUCUCGCUGGGCGCCGCGUCCGCCGUCUCCUCGUCCGCCCCGACCGGCCGUCGCCGGGGCUCCUCGACCACCUCGAUCGGCAGCACCGCCUCCUCCAACGCCGUCGUCACCGACGCCGCCGCCCCGCCUGCCCUGCCCGACUACGCCCUCGCCGCCGCGGCAAAAAUCCAUAGCCAGACCCAGAGCCAGAAUCUAGCGCGCAGCCCCGUCAGUCCCGACGGAGGCGGCCUCGGCCACAGCUACGGCACCGCCGCGCCCCCGGGCUUCGUCCCUCUCCACGGCCGCUCCGCGACGGCCAACUCGGCCGCCGGCAUGACCAUGAUGCCACCGCCGACGCCCCUGAGCGGGCCCGGCAUGUGGCAGCCCAGCGAGGCGGGCGCCAUCCACCAGCACAUUGCCGACGUGGCCAACAAGCGCAUAUCGACUCUUGACUACCUGCGCAAGGCUCACGAAGGCCGUGUCUACUGGUUCAACACGUACCUCUUCGACAAGCCCGACCUCGCCCGCAUGCCCUGCUUCGACCCCCGGCGCCUCGCCCGCAAAGCCACCAACUACCUCCUCCUCGGCCUCUCCAUCCCCACCAUCAACGAUCUCUACUCGUCCACUCCGCUCGAGUUCCUGCGCUGCCUCAACGCCCUGCUCUCCGAAUUCGACUCCUUCCAGCAGAUCCAUCACUCCGACUCCUCCGCCGCCUCCACCUCGAGCGCCGCCGCCGCCGUCAGCCUCACCCGCGCACGCCUGCCCAGCAUGUUCCGCCGGCCCGGCGGUGGUAAGUCGCGCCGGUCCACCUCGGCUGCCGAGUCCCCUGACGACUACGGCGGCGGCGCGGCGGGCGGCUUUGGAGGCAACGGCGCGGGAGGCGCGGCUGGCGGCAUGGGCAACGGGUACGGAAACGCUCCGGGCGGCAGUGCGAACGGCGCCCCCGCCGUCAUGAACUUUGCCGCCUCCGAGUCGGACCUCCUCCCUGGCGAGGAGUACACGUACCUGCUCACGCCAUCGCUGCCAUUCGAGCCCGACUUCUUCGAGACGUUUGCGACGCUGUGCGACGUGCUCAUCGACUGCUACUCGCGCUUCCUCGCCCUCGUGCCCACGCCGCGCGAAUGCUCCGCCCCCGUCGCCGAGCUCUUCUCCAAGGCCGAUUCGCGCCUGCGCAAGAUCAUCGUCCAGGGCGUCGUCAAGGAGUUUGACGACCACAGCAGGUCCCACGUGCGCACCGAGGUGGCGAGCAUCGGCAAGGUGGUGCUGGGUGGGCUCAUGUGA